UAAACUUGAAAAGUAGGAACAGAAAGAAACAAUAGUACCAAUUUUCUGGCUAACGGGGAAAAUAUUAUUGUACUUGUCAAAGUUCACCAUUCUGUUAACUUUAUAGCAUACAGAAGCUUUAUUGUGCAAAACAUGGACUCAGACACAAGCUCUCUGUCAAGCAGAGCAUCGUCUCCUGAGCUGGGAGAGGAAUCUUCAGAUUUUCUGUCCAAUAACAUGUUUGAUGAUUUCUGCAAGCGUUCCAAAAACCACAAAGAGGAGCCUUAUGUGAGGUCAGCAAAAGGAGAAGGGAAAACCAAAGCCAGGAGAGAGCUCUCAGAUGAUGAUGUCCAUGAACUGAGGUUAAAGGUAAACAGCCGAGAGCGCAGGCGCAUGCAUGACCUGAACCAAGCCAUGGAUGGACUUCGGGAAGUCAUGCCUUAUUCACAUGGUCCUUCGGUAAGAAAGCUUUCUAAGAUGGCCACACUGAUGCUAGCGAGAAAUUACAUUCUCAUGCUUACAGGCUCACUAGAAGAGAUGAAGAAACUGGUUAGUGACAUCUAUGGGAGGCACCAUAACCAACCAGCAAGGUGCAGUCCAGCUCUGCCUUCUAUGCCAGCAACUGGCAUCCACAGUUUGGUGCAGUCCCUGUCUCCUGUCAUUGGCACACCCUCCGUCAUGCCAUCUACAGAUGCAGUUACCACCCUACCAGUUGGAUAUCUUCAUCUUCAGCAUUGUUCUCAGGACAUUCCGCGAGUACCUGCUAUGCAGCUGAGUGCCCCUUAUAGACAUUUACCAGGGAUGCCCUGUCCGUGUGCACUGUGCCAUACCACACUGCCACACCUGCCAGGCUCAGCCACCAGAUUGUCAAAUCUUACAACUGGCAAAUAAGGUAAUUUGUGCACCAGUAC